AUGGUUUCAAAAUCUGCAAGGACAGGGACUUGUUACCCACACAGGAGUUAUCCCCACCCAAUCCACAUCUUGAUCCUAGCCCCGCACCAUCCUUUCGGAGCAUGA